AUGUGUGUCGUCGAGAAUCAAGUCUUUACAAAACCUCCUGUGGAUACACUAUCGACCCUUUAUGAGGAUUGUAAUUACGGGUUGGGGUGUUACAUUUUGUCCGUCGAAGACGGCGACGUCUCUCUCAAACUCCUAGGAGCAUGUGAGAGCUGCCCUAGCUCAACAACUACCAUGAAAAUGGGGAUCGAAAGGGUUUUGAAAGAAAAUUUUGGGGAUGCAGUCAAGGAAAUCCGGCAAGUGUACGACGAUGUAGUGAAGGAAACAACCGUCGAGGCAGUGAAUCGUCAUCUUGAUAUACUGAGACCAACUAUCAAGAAUUACGGUGGGAGCGUUGAAGUAUUUUCCAUUGAUGGCGGGGAAUGCGUUGUGAACUACACAGGUCCCGAAUCGAUUGGAUCGGGAAUCAAAGCCGCCAUUAAAGAGAAGUUCCCAGAUAUCACCAAUAUUUUAUUAACCUCAUAAAGCUUCAUUCUUUAUAUCAGAAGCUGAAAAGUUUUGAUCUUUUUAUGUGCG